AAAUGAAUUAAAAUUGAAGCAUAUUUAUUAUGCGAUUAAAAAUUAUAAAAAAAUUCAAACGUUUGAUAUAAGGAAUAUCAAUAGUUACAUAUACAUAGGAAAUAAAGAAUGUUGAAAAAGUAAAGUAUUUUAAUAGUAAAAUGAAAUAAAUAACGAGCAUUAUAAUAGUGUAUUUAUAAAGAAGCAUGGCGUCCAAUCCUAUUAUUUCGUUUGUGUAUAACAUAACCUAUCAAAGUCCUUUAAAUAAAAGAAAUAUUAUCUCAAAUUUUAACGGAAUAGCGUGUUUUUUCAAAAAUAUGACAGGACCAUAAUAUUUGUAAGUGGAAAUACUUUGUACAUCAUUCAAAAUGAUAGAUUUCAAUUUAAUUAGGGAAUAUUUAAGUAUGCAAAUUAAUGAAAUAAUUUGUUGGUGGUGGUUUUACAUCAAUGAAAUUUCAUGGCAGUUAUUAAUAGCUAUUACCGCAUAUCUUUGCGUUUGUAUUUUUCUCUAUUCAAUUCUGAAGAAAGUUAGCCACAUAGCGUGGCAGCUUCCAGGUCCACCUGCCAGAAUAUUGUUAGUCACAGCACAUCCUGAUGAUGAAGUUAUGUUUUUUGGUCCAUUGGUAUACUGGGUUACAAAAUCCAAGGCUAGUGAAAUUUAUCUCCUCUGUCUUAGUAAUGGUGGUGAUAAAAGAAGAAAAGAAGAGUUAUGGGAAUGUACAAAAAUAUUAGGAAUUCCUGAAGAUAAUGUAACUAUAAUAAUGAGUACAGAGUUACCUGAUGAUCAAAAUGUACAAUGGCCAACAGAGAUAGUGGCAGAAUUUAUUUUACAAUAUGUAGAAAGUUAUAAAAUCAAUGCAGUUAUAACAUUUGAUAAACAUGGUAUAAGCAGACAUAAAAAUCAUAUUUCUUUAUACUUUGCUAUAGCUGCAUUAUGCAUAGAAAAAAAAGUACCAUAUUAUUGUAAACUAUAUGUUUUAGAAUCUGUAAAUAUAUUUAGAAAAUAUGUACAACUUUUAGAUUUACCAAUUAGUUUAUUGACUGCUUCAUAUUGGUAUUUAAUAACAUAUAAUCAAAAAAAAAUUAUAAAAAAAGGUAUGAUUGCACACAAAUCUCAGUAUGUUUGGUUUCGAAAGUUAUACAUGAUAUUUUCGCGAUAUACAUUCAUCAAUACCUUUCAAGAAAUGAGUGCUCUUGAUCUGGAAUUGGAUCUCCAAUUUGAUGAUGAAUAAUCCAAUUAAUAUAUAUUACUGUACAAAUUGUAAUUAAUUGUACAUAUUAAAAAAUAAUAUUUGUCUAUUAAUAUGUAAUAAAACAAUUACAGCAUU